AUGUCUACUGUGGGAAAGACAAUCACCUGUAAAGCCGCUGUUGCCUGGGAGGCAGGCAAGGACCUCACCAUCGAGACCAUUGAGGUUGCCCCUCCAAAGGCCCAUGAGGUCAGAGUCAAGAUUGCCUACACCGGUGUUUGUCACACUGACGGAUACACCUUAUCAGGUAACGAUCCAGAGGGCCAAUUCCCUGUCGUUUUCGGUCACGAGGGUGCCGGUGUCGUCGAGUCGGUUGGCGAAGGCGUCACCAGCGUGAAAGUCGGCGACCACGUUGUCUGUUUGUACACUCCGGAGUGCAAAGAGUGCAAGUUCUGCAAGUCGGGUAAAACCAACCUUUGCGGCAAAAUCAGAGCAACCCAAGGUAAAGGUGUGAUGCCGGACGGAACCUCGAGGUUCACCUGCAAGGGCAAGUCGCUGCUGCACUACAUGGGUUGCUCCACCUUCUCUCAGUACACCGUUUUGGCCGACAUCUCUGUCGUGGCUGUUGAUCCAAAGGCUCCGAUGGACAGAACCUGUCUGUUGGGCUGUGGUAUCACUACUGGAUACGGUGCUGCCACCAACACGGCCAAGAUCACCGAGGGUAGCAACAUUGGCGUGUUUGGUGCUGGAUGUAUUGGUCUAUCUGUGAUCCAGGGUGCUGUGCAGAAAAAGGCCGGCAAGAUCAUCGUGAUCGACGUCAACGACGCCAAGAAGGACUGGGCUUUCAAGUUUGGCGCCACCGACUUUGUCAACCCAACCAAGCUCCCAGAAGGCCAGUCCAUCGUGGACAAGCUCAUCGAGAUGACCGACGGAGGCUGCGACUACACGUUCGACUGUACUGGUAACGUCCAGGUGAUGAGACACGCUCUCGAGGCCUGCCAUAAGGGAUGGGGAGAGUCCAUCAUCAUUGGUGUCGCGCCGGCCGGCAAGGAGAUCUCCACGAGACCGUUCCAGUUGGUCACUGGAAGGGUCUGGAGAGGCUGUGCUUUCGGAGGUAUCAAGGGAAGAACCCAGAUGCCGGGUCUUGUGCAGGACUACGUUGACGGCAAGAUCAAGGUUGACGAGUUCAUCACCCACAGACACCCACUGAAGGAUAUCAACCUAGCUUUCCAUGACAUGCACAGGGGAGACUGCAUCCGUGCUGUGAUUACUAUGGAUGAAUAG